UCGGCCAAUGAGCAAAGCGGAAGUCUAGUGUGUUGUUCCGGCAAGUGACAGAAUACCUCAGCUUGCUUCGCCUCCAAUCAUGGAGCAAUGUUGGCAGCUGUGAGCAAUAGUUGACAUUACUGAUCAAACAAUCAUUUAUUUCUCCCGGGACUACGUUUCUCUGGGCCAAUCCGGAUUACCAGCCUUUAAUAAUCUGCAUGGAGCCGUGGUCGACAGUGUGGAUGUAUCAGGCGCGCGUGUAUAUUUUUGUGCUCAUAUGCUAAGGAUGGACAACACACCGUAAUGAGCCGACCAAUUUGCGCUGAAACUACCCAGGAAGGUCAAGGCGUUGUGAACGGGCCGAAGAGUGUCAGGCCGUCUGUACCAUUGUGGCACCCUGAGAGCCUUGAUACACAAAAUCGAACUCAAGAUACCCCAAGAAUUAAGAGAAUAUCCAUCACCCAGAUCUGUACCGCUGGGGUCAACUCUCACACUUUCUGAUAGAAAUCUUCACCUCUCAUGAUGAAUACUGUCAGAGGUGGUGCGGUUACCUGGCGACCACAGCCGUGGCAGGAUGCAGAUAGAGGUGGUGGAGAGCCUCUCUCAGAUAGCGACUCGGAGGAAGAGGAUUUUCCUGAUGACUACUCGACUCCCUUGGGGGAAUAUGUAACUCAGGGGUUAAAACAGCUGCUUGAUGCUCAGCAGUUGUGUGAUGUCACUCUUGUUGUGGAGGGGAAAAAGUUUAUGUGUCACAGAGUUCUUUUAGCAGCAGUCAGUCCAUAUUUCCGUGCCAUGUUUACCAGCCCUCUCGUAGAGUCUCGUCUUACUGAGAUCCGACUGGAGGAGGUGACACCUUCUGUUAUGGAGACAGUUAUCCACUUUGUGUAUACAGGAGAAGCAGGUCUUAGUCUUGACACAGCAGAGGACUUGUUUGUAGCAGCCAAUCGUCUUCAAGUGAUGCCCUUGCAGGAUCUUUGCUCUAGAUUCCUAUUUGAACACCUGUCUGUGGAGAAUUGCCUGGGCAUGUACUCUCUGGCUCGUUCACAUCAUGACCAGCUGCUUCUUCGGGCUUCUUUGAGACUGGUGGGCCAGCAUUUCCCUCGAGUGGCCCGGCAGCGAGAUUUCCUCCUGUUGGACCCAGGAACUCUUGGCAGCUUGUUGGAGUCGGAUCGAUUGGGUGUGGAGUCUGAGACUGAAGUAUACGAUGCAGCAAGGCGCUGGGCAGAAUACCAGCCAGCUGAUCGUUACAUUCACAUGCCCAAUUUGUUACGCCAUUUACGCCCUGGCCUUUUCGGCCCUGAAGAGAGCCACCGAAUGAACCAAGAACUUGGACCUCGAGCCAGUACCGAGGGCAUGGGAGGACCACUGAGGCCUCGAGAAGGCAUGUUUGAGAAGAAAAUAGUCUGUGUAGACCUUAAGCCAAGGGAGGAUGCGUCUUUACAGGAAAGGGACUUCACGGUGGAUUGCUUCGACCCUCGUACAGGGAAGUGGGAGAAGCUGGCAGCCUUGGGCUCUUUGCUUUGUCCCGGCUGCACUGCUGUCGGAGGUCGACUGUUUGUGGCGGGAGGCAUCCUGCGGAGUUCCGAGGUCUCCUCAGAUCUUCAUGAGUAUGAUGUCGUGCUAAACCGCUGGAUUGUACAGCCAUUGAUGGCUGAACCACGCGCGAUGUUGGGUCUUCUUGGCUGCGGAGGUUUUUUAUACGCUCUUGGUGGCUGUAACCGAGCAGCCUUUCUGGACACAUCUGAAAAAUUUGACCUUAACACGCUGACCUGGGCAUCGGGACCUCGUUUGCCAUUGCCAUUGCGUUCUUUUGCUUGCGCUGCCCUCCGCUGUCGUCUCUACUUGCUUGGUGGUACCACACUGGAGCAGAGCAGGGCUGUGGUGCAUGCUGGCGUGCUUAUAUACCACACGGUUACAAAUACCUGGAGCCGUGUCGCCCUAGACUCUGGCGCCACCUGCCUGGCUGGAGGCGUAGCAGUACGUGGCGGCGUUUGUGCCAUUGGUGGUUACUUGCGUGAUGCCGCCAAGUUCCUCAAUGGCAACUACACCCAGGCUGAACCACUAGAUGCCACAGGACGUGUGUUGUUCUUCCGAGAAGGAAGAGGAUCAGGAGUAGAGCGGGAAGUGGCAGUUGGAGUAGAGCGAGGGGGUGGCGGUAGUGACCGUGCGCCUAGUCCGGUGGUUUUUCCUGGCCUGCCAAGGCGGAUUGCUGCCGGAGGUGUGGCUAGAUGGAAACGCAGGAUAUAUGUGUUGGGUGGUGAGAAUGGAUCGAGAUUUUAUGAUAGCGUCUACUGCUGGAAACCUGGCUGGCGAAGCUGGGUCCAAAGACGGGAGAAAUUACCCGGGGAAACAGGAGGAGUUAGCCAGUUUGGAUGUACCACCCUGAAGUUCCCAAAAAAACACAUUUUAGCACGUCUUCGUGCUGCUCAACAGAAACGGGGAAAGGAGAAACGGCCGACCCGGUCAUGCAGAGUCAUGCGGAUCGACAGGACAAGUCAGGAAGUGUGAUUUUUUUUCAAUGAGACCUAUGGGCAUUUUGGAAACAUUUAUGCACCUACUUUUACAUCUUUACUCUUGGUUGAUGUCUAGAUGUUUUGAAAUUCAUUAUUUCAUUUCUGCAAGCUGAACGCAAGUUUUUGUUUACCAAGUAUUGACAGAAAAUAUACAGUAACAUUUGGAUAUGAUUUCAGAAUGUUUUGCUCUUAAUAAUGGUAAUUCUUCACAGAUGCCCAAAUUUGGUCUUAGAAAUGGCAUCAUCUUGGAGAAUAAUAAACUGUUUGAAUCACAGCAAAAACAAGUUAUACACAUGCUUGACUCGAUGAGAAAAAAGUCAUUAUUUGAACCUUUUUGCUUAAAGUUAUUGCUUUGAGGCUGAAUAUAGUUUUACACACAUUAGAACAUCUAGAUUGCUACCAUAACAGCAGUUGAUACUACUGUAAAGUCAUAGCUUAAUAUGGGAUCUCUUAUAAUCAGUGUAAGAAGCUUCAAACCGUUACCUUUUUUUUUUUUUGAUAACAGUGGUUUCAAAUAACACUUAUGUUAAACUGCUGUUUAGCAACAUCAUGAGAUUCAUCCAGGUUUUCCAUCAACUAGCAUUUCUAUGCUGUAUCCCAAAAUUUGCAGUAAAAUGCUGGAUGGAAAAACCAUCAUGUGAAUGAAAUUUGCAUAAUAUGCUUAAAUGUAUACACUUCGUUUGAGGUGGAUGAUCUUUUGUAUUAUUAUUUGGUUAGAAAACAUGCAUAAACUAUGAUGGAAAUACAUUUACAGAUGAAAUUGUUAGACAUGCAUUCAGAAGAUAUCAUGUGAUUUAAAUAAAUUGCUUAGAGAAGAAAAAAACAUGUUGCUCUAGCCAGUCUGAACUUUUAUCUUGCAGAUGAUUGCUAGCACACAUGAAGUUUGUUAGAGUGUUAUAUCUGCGCACUCUAAACCACACGCAAUUUAUUACAUUUAAUAAAGGAGCAACUAUCCCAUCGACUACAAUUUCCAUUUCUAUUUUUUUUUGUUUUUUCUAUUUAACAUAUGGUGCAAAUUGUUUUUACGUUAUAUUGUUUUGUCUAAUGCAAUUUUAACUAAUGUGAUAACAUAGACCCAGAUGAUAACCGCUGAUGAACAACAUUAUGUAAUUCUAAAUGAUGUGGCUAUUCAGAUUUAAUUUUGCAAACCCUUCUGUAUUUUAAAUGAUCUGUAAUUCACAAAUGCAUUCACUAUAACUGUGCUGAAUUCAUGCUUAUUUGAUGCCGGAAUCUCAAGCUCAAACUUUUUUUUUAAAUAAGAUAUCAAAUGAAAUCAAGAGAAACAGUUUCUCUUUGACUGAAAUUUUCAUGUUUUUUAAUCUCACGUUACUGAACUAAUAUUGAACAAUAAUGCAACAAAACAUGAGUCUUAACAUUAACACAAUCCAUGUUAUAGUCCUUAAGUAUCUUGUGCGAUUUUUUAGUUUUUUUUUGUGGUGUCCACUUGAAGUUGGACAUCUCUGGAAGAGUUAAUGCUGACAUAGUGAUUGAUUUUCUGCACAUCGUUGUAACGCACUGUUCAGCUUGCCCUCAAUGAAGUGGAUCAGUAUACGUAUAUCUGUAGUGCUUUAAUGCCAUCUUUUUGGGUUUAGCUGGUCAUCUCAUCUGAAAUGUUUUAAAGCAUAGACUCUCAAUAGAAACCAAAUGACUGCUUUUUGUAUGAUUGUUUUCAUUUUGUUUCAGUUUCUAAGUUAUUGUAAUUUUGUCUUACAGUAACAUUUUCGCAGAGACAAAGAGACUCUGUACUUUCAUCUGAUGUCAAACAGGUCUGUUUGUUUUUAAAGACCUACAAUUGUCAAAUAUUGAACAUUGUUUGAAUGGAAAGUCUGUGCUCUGGUUUGCAUUAAAUAAAUUGAACAGAAGUUUCUUUGUUGCUUGUCCUGCGAAUAUAAGUGAGUUGUUGUUGCAUUUGAGAAGCAGUGAAGUAGUGAUAAUGUCACACACACCAAAGGGCAAGAUUAUUAACCAGACCUUAGUGACACAACUGAUGCAUUCACAAGCUGAUCAUCCAUGAAAGAAUUUAUCCUUCCUCUUCUUAGUUAUUUCCAAAUACGGUACUGUUGGGAACAUUAUUUUAGGUGUUGGUGAGAAACACAAACAUGUUAAUUAAAAAGAAAAGAAGAAAAUGCUAUUCUGCUUAUAUCAGCAUAAAGAAAAACUAUGCAACAUUAUAUUUUAUCACAUCAUUUAGCCUGUUAC